GAGCCAAUUUCGCCGGCGCACGUGUUCAAAUGCCUCGGCCAAGGAUGAUUUCUUUUCGUAAAAUGGAUUAUGCGGUGCAAACCGAUCGAGAGAAAUGUCAUUCAAUUGGAGCAGGGAAAAAUGGUUAUAUAAUAAUUUCAUUUCAAAUUAUUUAUGGUUUUAUUUUAUGGUUGUUACAUAACUAACAAUCAUAGAACUAUAUGGUCUACAUUUUUCUGCACUAUCCGCUGUUUGAAAUUUUUCUGGCAAAAAUUGUCUUUGUAAAACUUGUUUUUUUAUCAAUUUAAUAUAGGUAAAUAGAAUAGAAAAUUUCAACUAUAGGUGUACAACACUAAAAUUAUUACAGAUUCAGUCCCAAGAAAUAUUGGUAAAAGAUCGCAUUUGUUUUUACUUUGAAUUGAUUUUUUAAACUAUUUCAAUGUUGUGAAAAUUAAAUAAAAAGAUUUUUUACAUAAAAAAGCUCUAGAAGCAAAAUAAAUUUUCAAGCAUAUUUUUAUUUUUUCUGUCCCCAUUCCGGCGUUUAAGUUUAAUAAUGUAUAAAUUGGACCAGGAAAUUCCGAGUUGGUGUCUAUCAUUUGUCAGCUUUUUACAUCUUAAUUCAUACUUCCCCUAAGAAGAUAAGAUGUUAGUUUUCCUAGAUUAGCUCCAUCCAAUCUAAAACAAAAUAAUGCAGAAGAGACAAUUUUUCGCAUUCUUGUAAAACUAUUUUGAAAACUAGCUCAUCUCUCUAUAUAUUAUGUAAAUAUUUCAAAUAGUUUCGUGAAAUUUAAAAGUUAUUGAGUACAUAAUAAAAUUGCUUAAUGUUUUGCUUAGAUUACCACCAUAAACCUGAUAAAAUACUGUUUUUUGUUGUUCAAGAUUUAAGAAUGAAAUAUAAUUAAUUGUGGCAAGUUCAGUGCUGUGAUAGAAGUGUAAUAAGCUGAUUAAUAGGAACGAGCGUGUUGAUUUUAUUCGCAGCUAGCAACCGCACAAUCGUUCUAAUCAGCUCUACUUGUUUCUUAUUGUUAACACUUUAGUUCUUAGAUUAUAUAGCUUAAUCCUUUUUUCUUAUCGCCCUUUGAAGAGAUUGUUUUAAUGCUGCGCAGUCUAUUUUUAAAUGAAACAUAUAGAGAUAACGCUUUAGUUAUCUUUGGGACUAUUUUCGAAAGAUGGCGAAGUUUUAAAGACAUUUUAACACUUUGUAAAAUAGCUGGUUUUCUUCCUCUUAGUCAAUGAUAGUUUUUCAACAAUCUAUCCAAAUAACCACAAGGAGAAAAGAAUAGAUUUAUUUUAGGAUGUCGUGCGUGAAUCUCCUACGCCAAAUCUCUAAUCGGAUUUAGACCGAUAUCUGGAACCUUCUCAUAUCAAUGGGAUGCAAAAAUGUUACAUGAAUAUAUAUAUAUAGAAAGUAAAACCAUUGUGGAUAUCCCUAUUCCUUCGAUUCUACAAGAAAGAUUAUCUUUCUCUCUUUUUUUGCUACUAAAAGUACCUUUGUCAUUUUCUGGUGGUUGAACAAUUAUGAUCAAGGGUCUGCUUAUAAAUACAAUUAUUCUAGAGAACAUUUUUAAUUCAACGUGACAAGAGAUUAAUAUAAUUUAUAAACAAUUUAUGAAUCAAAUUGGUCGGACCCUGACAAUUAGUUUGAAUUCCUAAUCAUUCUCUUAUACUAUAGUUAAUUCUAUAAACUACACUCUUUCGAAUGGACGCCGAUAAACUCAACGUCAUCCGGGUCGACCCACGCAUUGCUUGUUUUCCUUUGAACGCCUGCUUUCCAUGACAACCCUCAGCCUCGGAGAUAAUCCACUGAAGAUGCCCACGGGGUGGUGGCUGGUGCGGCAGAAUAAAAGGAGUCCACUGACCCGUCGGACACCACAAUGUUGGUGGCAGUGCUGCUGGUGAGCUUGCUUGCGUCCACCGGGGGCAAAUCGCACUUCGUCAACCACCCCCACAUCCCCUGGCUGGCCGUGCAGGUGGCCUCCGAGGCUGCAGCCUCCGAGGCCACCAUCGACGACUGCAGAUCCUCCUCGGCCGCCUUCUUGCAGCUGCUCCUCCACGCCAAGUCGAGCAAAGAGGCCGCCCAGAAAAUUAUGAAUGAGUUUGACAAGAGCAGUGAGGUUUGCCCGACGCGGCUAAGCGUCUCAAUGGACAACAAGCGAAUGCCUCAGCUGCUGGUGCACGUACAGUGCUCGUGCGAGGGCAGAAGAUGCCACAUCCUGGGUGGCUACUACUGCACCACUGUCCUCGGCUCGGUGGACAUUCUGCGCUUGGGCUCUAAUAAGAAGAUGAUUCCCUCUCACGAGGUCGUCCCCGUUGGUUGUGUGUGCAUGCAGAGGUCGUCAAAGAAAGCACUCGCCAUCCAACCAAAUAUGGAAAACAUAAAAAAAUAAAUGGAAAGUUUUUGCUCUGGAAGGCUCAAAUUUAUUUGAAGAGCAGCUCGAAAAUAUAAUUUCUUCUCCUAAUUUUUCAUUACAUAUUUCUGGUGAAAUGAGCCGCUUGGAAGCUGAAAUUUUAUUAUUAUUGCAGUCAUCAAUUUUUAAAGAGACCAGAGCCAUUGUUCCAGAAAAUUAUUUAACUCCAUUUGUCUAAACAAGAUUUUACUUUCAAGUAUAAAUGUUUUAAACCUAAGAGGAGGAAGAAAAUGCAAAAGUGUAUCUCGCACUGUCAGCAGAAUCCUGAGCUCCAGUUGUUUUCAUAUUAAUUACCAUUUCACUAAAAUACCCGUUCUUUAGAUUGCAGUACCAAUAUUUGAAGAAUUAUUUUAGUGAAAUAAUGGUUUUUAAUUAGAGAUUGCAACGCUGACAGUGCGAUAAACAAUAUUGACGAGGAAAACGAACCUAUUAAAAAUACUCCAUUUAACAAAUAGGUAUAAUAUGUAUUAAUCAUCAGUAACAUUCAUAUUUCUUGCACGAAUUGUUCAAUGGAAACUUGGUGUUGCUUAAAUUGAGGCUGGAUUUUCAUUUCCCUUAAUAAAUAAAACAAUAU